UAUCGGAUGUCUUUUUUUUAUUUUUUUAUUUUUUACUUACCGUAAGCUUUCAAUGACUGAUUGUUUACUUGUUCAGGAAAUGGAAAAACCUACACUAUGAAACCAUUGCCCAUCAAGGCAUCCCGGGAUAUCUUGAGGCUCAUGCACCAUACUUACCGGAACCAAGGCUUUCAAUUGUUUGUCAGCUUCUUUGAGAUAUACGGAGGAAAGCUUUAUGAUCUCCUCAGUGAUCGAAAGAAACUUUGCAUGAGAGAGGAUGGUAAACAGCAAGUUUGCAUUGUGGGUUUGCAAGAGUACAAAGUAUCAGAUGUGGAGACAAUCAAGGACCUCAUUGAGAAAGGAAAUGCUACAAGAAGCACAGGCACAACUGGUGCAAAUGAGGAAUCCUCACGAUCACAUGCUACACUUCAGCUUGUUAUUAAAAGGUUAGCUGAUGGCUAUGAAUCUAAGCCUCCCAGAGUUGUUGGCAAGCUCUCCUUCAUAGAUCUUGCUGGAAGUGAACGUGGUGCGGACACAACUGACAAUGACAAGCAGACAAGAAUGGAAGGUGCUGAGAUCAAUAAAAGUUUGCUUGCAUUGAAAGAGUGCAUAAGAGCGCUUGAUAAUGAUCAGGGUCAUAUUCCUUUCAGAGGCAGUAAACUAACUGAAGUCCUGAGGGAUUCAUUCGUUGGAAACUCUCGGACUGUUAUGAUCUCUUGCAUUUCUCCGAACUCUGGAUCUUGUGAACAUACUCUUAACACCUUAAGAUAUGCUGACAGGGUGAAAAGCCUUUCAAAAGGGAACAAUUCCAAGAAGGAUACUUUGUCAUUGACACUAAACCUGAAGGAAUCAACAACGAUGCCUGUAUCAUCAAUCUUACCACCUGGGCCAACCUUUGAAGAUGAUAUUGAUGAUUCAUGGUUUGAACAAGCUGAUAGGGAUGAAUUUGAUGUUUCAGAAGAAUUCCAAGAGCCAGAGAAGCCAUUAUGGAAGAAGAAUGGGAAAGUGGAAUCAUAUGGUAUCUCGAAUUCAGAAGAUAAAGUGAGGAGAUCCAUUGGGCAGACAAAAUGGAAGGACCCACCAAAAUUCGAUGCAAAAAACUUGCAUCCAGAUAAUGAUUUGAAGGCCCUAUUAAAGGAAGAGGAAGAUCUUGUCAACGCUCAUAGGAGACAAGUGGAGGAGACAAUGGAUAUAGUUAGAGAGGGUGGUGGCCCAUUCUACCUGAAAACUGGUAGGAGAGACAGCAAUCUUUCUUUCUCAGAAAUUGCAACAUACGAACUUCCUAGUCCCCAAGACGAUCUCCAUCAAACCAUCACAUCGUUUGCAUUAAGGGAAUUUGAUGAAAGAGAGACGGUCAGUCUCUUAGGUGCUCACAGCAUUGGAACAAUUGGCGGCAAAUUCAUCCUCAACCGGCUUUACAACUUUGGCUGGACUGAUGAGCCUGACCCAACUAUAGACAUCGAAGUCGUCAAUCUCCUGAGGUCAAGAUGCAACAACGGCCGCACAUCACGAUCAUCAUCACCGCAUUUUGUCAACGGCUCACCAUCACCAUUUCUGUUGAUGGCGCAGUAUCUUCCUCACCUGAGGAGGCAAGAAUGGAGAUGGGCCAUGCAUCACGGGGAUCGGGUUUUGGCAUGUUGUACUACCGUAGUCUUCUGGAGGAUAGAGGAAUCCUUUAUGUUGAUCAGCAGCUGACAGUUGGCAAAGAAACUGAAAGUUGGGUUAGAGUGUAUGCCUCAGCUGUUUCGUUGUUCAGGAAGGACUUUGCUGUGGCAAUGAUGGAGCUUUCCAAUCUCAGUUGUUCAAAUGUGUCCUGAGUCCCAAGUUAAUCUUAGUUUUGUGAUUGUUAAGUAGUCUGGAAUGAAAUUUUGCAAUCGUAUGUUAUGAUUUGUUCAUUAAAUGGAAGAAAUGAUGAAAAUUUCUCAUAGGAUGUUAAUUGACUCAUCCAAUCGG